AUGCCUCUAUCCCGUGUCGCUGGGGACAGCGUCGACGCGACCCUUAACCAGACCUUGAACUGCCUUCCCAACGACCUCUUGGCCUCUCUUCGCGGCGAUGCUGCCUCCAAGUCUACUCUUGCUAGCGCCAUCUCCAAAGUCGACGCCCUCAUCCAAUCCUGCCAACAGCUCGGCGAAGGAACCCGCGACCUGAUAUCAUCCUACGCUAGCCUCGUCGCAUUUCUACCUUCUGGAAUACGUCAAGCAGAGGCAGAAAGCAGCGCUGUCCUCGACGAUUUCUCUAACGAUGUGGCCGGCUUAUUCGAUGGCCUGGCCCUUGAAACCGAUGCAUCUCCUAAAGAACCGGCAGAACCUGCCUACAUCGAACCAUCGUGCAGAUGGCUCAAAGACAACUGGUACAACCCCUACCCGAGUCCACAAGUCCGUUCAUCUAUCGCCAAGCAGACUGGCGCCUCUCGCAAGGAUAUCGAUGCUUGGUUCAUCGACGCUCGGAAGCGGAUCGGUUGGAACGAGCUUCGACGAAGGUGUUUCGACAACAAGCGCGCGAAUAUUGUCGAAGCUGCCACUCGCUUCCACCAAGGGAAAUCCCUCGAAGAUCUCCCUUGCAUUGCACAGUACGGACCGACUAUUGAAAACGAUCUUGCCUCUAUUACUUCCCAGGCUUCGGCGUGGUACGAUGGACGCUAUGCACAGAGCAAGCUUGCCGACAAGUUGGACCCUGUCGUCAAGGACAUGACUCCGGCACUGAAGGAAAAGAUCAAACGCGAUGCAGAUGAACGUAGACGAGAAGAAAGGCAAAAGAAAAAGCGCAAACGCAACCCUUACCCGUCUCCUGAAUGCUCUCCAGCCAGCUCAUCCGGUGCUGCCUUGUCUCCUGUUGUGCCGGUCAUAGACUUGACUGGUGAAUCCCAAUGCUCUCGACCUAACCUCAAACGUCGAGCCUCCAGUUGCUCCGUUGAAGAAUAUUCUUGUCGAAAACGUCCUCGGGGUGAUUCAUCUCACCAUGACCAGUCGAAGUCGAACCCUGAAACAUGCCUGCCUUCGCCAGCUACUUCUGCACAGGAAGAUUUGUCAGAAGCUAAAGCAGCUUCGAUCCCAACUCUUCAAUUGGACGACUCCACUUUGGAACCCAUCCCCGCUUCUGGGAGCAACAAACGCAAACGCUGUUUGUCUGACGGCUUUCAAUAUCCUACGGCAAAGCGACACCAAGUCCGUCCUCAGGUCGUAUCCGAUCCCUUUCCUUUGGUCACGUCGCAGGAAUGGGACGAUUGGCUUCUCCAGCACAUGUCAGAAGACCUCACACUUCCCGGAACUAUUCCGCCUCCAGUUUCGGUUGAAGCUCCAGAUUCGAAUACCCCAUUGGACAUCCAAAUAUUCAACUUCCCUCCGGUCCCUGAUUUGCCAGCGCCAGGAAGCAGUGACUCAGUGGCCGAAGCUAUCCCUUCUUUCCCAUUAAGCGCGGCACCGCCAGCGUGCAAUGGAGUCCCGUUGCAAAAUGUUCUCGAAUGGCAGACCUGCGCUUACGCUCAGCCCGUUAACACUUAUAAUCCUGUUCUGCAAUUUGACCUUCCCCCAUCGACAGACAUCCAGCCUUCUUCAGCAACCAUCCCCCCGAUGCUUUCUUCAAGUUCCUUCGAUCCAGACACAUUCGCAACUGAUCCACAAUUCUUUGACCUAUUCUCAGUCCCCAUUUCCGCAGCAUCAUUCGACCUCCCAGCCUUUACCCCACAAGAAGACACCGACCCCGAAACGCCUUUGACAGAGGCUGAGAAGGAAGCAAAGAAACGAGAACUUGAAGAACUUGAAGCUAAGGUCCAGGCUAUCCGCGCACAAAUUGCUCGUUCUUGA